AUGGCAUGUCCUGUUGCAAUACUUUUGGAGAAUUUCCCCAACUUCCUCAGUGCCUGUGAGAAAAGAGGCAGAGAUUACUUGUCCAAUAUCUUUGAUAAAAAAGACAAGAAUAAGGACCACCAUAUUGACUUUUCUGAGUUCCUGUCCUUGCUGGCGGACAUAGCCACUGACUACCACAACCACAGCCACGGAUCGGAGCUCUGCUCUGGGGGAAACCAGUGAGCCCAGAGGCCUCCCGACCACCCGAGAAACAAUAAAGUGUCUUCUCACCAGAAA